AUUAUAAUUCAUGAAAAUAUGCAGAUUGGUGAUAGGAUACAAGUAGUGGAAUCGGAAUGGCAUUUUCGUAUCCAUUAGCUAAUUUUGAUGAUUUGGUUAGCCAGUUCAAGUCUUGCUUAUCGACAAGUUUUGGAGGUGAUGAUGUAUGGAUUUCUUGAUCCGUUGGGUCGAGCUGUCCAGAUUCUAAACCUGCAAUAUUGAAGUCUGAGAAGACAAUCCUUCAAGGCUCCCUCGGCUUUAAAGGGCGGGAAAUGGAAACCACGUCUGAUGAAAAUGUUCAUAAAGAGUUUGGUAAAAAGAGAAAUCUGGCUGCCUUAAAAGUGCAGAAAACAUAUAAGAGUUUUAGAACCCGAAGGCAAUUAGCAGAUUGUGCAGUCUUAGUCGAGCAGAGAUGGUGGAAGCUCUUAGAUUUCGCAGAGCUCAAACGUAGUUCUAUGUCUUUCUUUGCUAUUGAAAAACCUGAAACUGCUAUUUCACGUUGGUCAAGAGCAAGAACCAGAGCUGCUAAGGUGGGGAAAGGUUUGUCCAAGGAUGAUAAGGCACGUAAACUCGCUUUGCAGCAUUGGCUCGAAGCUAUUGAUCCUCGACACCGCUAUGGUCACAACCUGCAAUAUUAUUAUGUCAACUGGCUCCAAUGUGACAGUAAACAGCCUUUCUUCUACUGGCUGGACAUUGGAGAAGGUAAAGAAGUAAAUCUUGAGAGGUGCCCUCGAUCAAAGCUUCACCAUCAAUGCAUCAAGUAUCUUGGUCCGACAGAGAGGAAGAUCUAUGAAGUCGUCAUAGAGGAUGGCAAGUUCAUCUAUGCGCAGAGUGGGAAGCUUCUCGACACAAGGGAAGGACCAGGAGACGUUAAGUGGAUCUUUGUACUGAGUGUGUCCAAAACUUUAUACGUUGGGCAGAAGAAAAAAGGCACUUUUCAACAUUCAAGUUUCUUGGCUGGUGGUGCCACUUUGUCUGCUGGAAGAUUAGAAGUCGAAGAAGGUGUUAUUAAGGCGGUUUGGCCUCACAGUGGGCACUAUCUCCCAACAGAAGAAAAUUUUGAGGAAUUCAUUUCGUUUCUUAUGGAGCACAACGUCAAUCUGAGUGUCGUCCAGAAAGCAUCAAAUAAUAAAGAGGAAGUUAGUGUCAUUGGCCCUCGUAGUAAUAGCAUAUCAGCACCAGAUAUCAGUCGAGCCACCAGUGAAAACAGCAAUGCAAAAGAGGUAGAUGGGGAGAUAACUGAUUCCAGCAAAAAAUAUUCCAAGGAUGCUGAAAAUGUAAAUCCAUGCAUAUCAAGAUGGUCCCGGAAAUUACACUCAAAAAUUGCCGUUCUUCAAAUUCCCAGAAGGGAGGACGGGGCGUAUGAGUUGUUCAAGACACCACACCAAGGGCCUAACUUUGACACCAGGGAUAGUGAAUCAGAUGGAUACGAAACACCAGAGGAAUGUUUGUCAGAUUCAGAAUUUUCUGUCUCCAAACAAAACUUAUUUGAUGACGACGGAAAGGAGGGAGAGUAUGAAGAAACCAUACCAAAAGAAAAGAUUAUCAAAAGAAUAAGCUCGCAUAAAGGAAUGCGAUCAUAUCAGUUGGGGAAUCAACUUUCGUGCAGAUGGACAACAGGAGCUGGUCCACGAAUAGGAUGUGUGAGAGAUUAUCCUUCGGAACUCCAAUUCCUUGUUCUAGAGGAGGUACAUUUGUCUCCAAGAAAAUCACAGUCAUCACCUCCUAAAAACGCUAGAUCACUUCUAAGGAUUCCUCCUCCUAGUCCUACCAGUUUAUGCACAUAAAUCAACAAUUCAAUGCUUCCUGAAUUUUUAUUUUUAUUUUUAUUUAUUUUUAUUUUUUCCAUGGUGACAGACACCGGUAUAUCAGUAUUAGAUGAAUAACGUUUUACAGUAAU